CGGGAAGUGAAUAGUUGACACGUAGGUAGCAGAGUUGGUUGUGUUGUUAGUGCUGAACUGUGCAGGUCGCUUGCAAUGUCAGGGUUUGACUUCAACACAGACUUCUACCAGUCUACAUACAGUGUAGAUGGCCAAAAUCAAGGUGAAAAUGCCUAUGGAAAUGCAGAGGACCCAUACAACAAGCAGUACGGUGAGUAUGACUAUUCCCAGCAGAUGGGCUACUCGGGGCCUCCGAUCAUGCAGCCCCAGCAGCCGUACACAGGGCAGAUCUAUCAACCCACACCUGCGUUUACUCCUGCCUCGACACAGUCCAUGUACGGCAGCAGCUUCGAGGAUGAACCCCCGCUGCUGGAGGAACUCGGAAUCAAAUUUGACCACAUCUGGCAGAAGACACUAACAGUGCUGCACCCCAUGAAGGCAGCAGAUGGCAGCAUAAUGAACGAAACGGAUCUGGCUGGUCCCAUGGUGUUCUGUCUGGCCUUCGGGGCCACACUGUUGCUCACGGGUAAAAUCCAGUUUGGCUACGUGUAUGGCAUCAGCGUUAUCGGGUGCUUGGGUAUGUACUGCUUGCUAAACCUCAUGAGCAUGACGGGCGUCUCGUUCGGCUGUGUGGCCAGCGUUCUGGGGUACUGUCUGUUACCCAUGAUCGUCCUCUCCAGCUUUGGCGUGCUCUUCUCUUUACAAGGCAUGCUGGGAAUGGUCUUAGCAGCUGCCAUCAUUGGCUGGUGCAGCUUCUCCGCUUCAAAGAUCUUCAUCUCGGCUUUAGCGAUGGACGGGCAGCAGCUUUUGGUGGCCUACCCGUGCGCUCUGCUAUACGGAGUUUUCGCCCUCAUAUCGGUAUUUUGAACUCCCACUGGACAUGCCACCCACCGAAACACAAUUUUACUCAGUGGCCACUUUGUGUGUGUGUGUCCACUGAGCCGUGAUCGGGCCACACCUCUACAGUUUAGCACAUUCCAUUGUGAUCAUCUGCAGGAAGUCCUUUACUAUUUCCUGUUUGUUCAGUUCAGUUUACUCCAAAGACUGCUUCACUUUCAUGAUUGGUUUGUCUGACCAGCUAGUGUAUGACCAACCUUUAUUUCUUUCACCUCCAUUCUUCGUAAUGUGCAACGGUCAUUUAAAAUGUGUUUAAAAGCUUUGGUCAGUACACAGGGUCCAAGUCAUUGUCCUCUGCAUCUUUUAUGCUUUUACUUUGUCAUGUUUAUAUGUGCAAUAUUGCUAAAACAUGCUGCACCAAGAGGGCAGUAAAAUGUGGGCAAUACUUCAAUCCCCCGUCUUUUAACCCUUAUUUUGGUCAAUGAAUAAACUUCUAAAGUAAGACGUA